AAGCGCGCUUCCGCCAUUGAAAAGCAAGAGAGCACCGAAAGGAACCUCGCGAAGCUGCAGCGAGCGAAGACGAAGGAGAAGAAGGAGGAUCGGAGAAGACGAGAAUGAGCGCGGCGAUCGGCGACGGGACGGCCGUGUGCGUGACCGGCGCGUCCGGUUACAUCGCCUCGUGGCUCGUCAAGCUCCUCUUGCAGCGCGGCUACACCGUCAAAGCCUCCGUUCGCGAUCCCAAUGAUCCGAAGAAGGUUGAACAUUUACUUGCGCUGGAUGGAGCCAAGGAUAGACUUCGGCUGUUCAAGGCAGACUUGCUGGAAGAGGGUUCAUUCGAUCCUAUUGUCGAGGGCUGUGUAGGCGUAUUUCACACUGCCUCUCCCUUUUAUCACGAUGUCAGGGAUCCGCAGGCAGAAUUACUUGAUCCCGCCUUGAAGGGGACUCUUAAUGUUCUGAAGUCAUGUUCCAAAGCACAAUCUGUCAAGCGUGUGGUCUUAACAUCAUCUAUGGUUGCAGUUGCGUUCACUGGACAACCAUUGACAGUUGAUGUUGUAGUUGAUGAAAACUGGUUUUCUGAUCCAGAGUUCUGCAGGAAAACAAACAUGUGGUAUGCACUCUCAAAGACUUUAGCUGAGGAUGCUGCCUGGAAAUUCGUGAAAGAAAAGGGUAUUAAUAUGGUUACAAUCAACCCAGGCUUGGUGAUUGGUCCUCUUUUACAGCCAACACUGAACACGAGUGCUGCAGCGAUUGCAAAUUUGGUAAAUGGAGCGCAAACCUUUCCAAAUGCAAGUACGCGACUGGUGAACGUCAAAGAUGUGGCAGACGCUCAUGUAUUGGCAUUUGAGAACCCGUCAGCCAGCGGAAGAUAUUGUUUAGUUGAGAGAGUCGCACACUACUCUGAGAUCGUGAGGAUUUUACGUGAGCUCUACCCUUCUCUCCAGCUUCCCGAAAAGUGCACCGAUGACAAGCCUUUUGCACCGAGCUAUCAGGUGUCCAAGGACAAAGCGAGGAGCCUGGGGCUGGACUACAUUCCUCUGGAGCAGAGUUUGAAGGAAACCGUUGAAAGCCUGAAGGAGAAGGGACUUGUUAAAUUCUGAUAAUAGAUAUUCCAUCCCAAGUUAGGAAAGAUGCAAACGGGAGGUUCUGCCCUAUUUGCUGUCUUCUCUCAUGUUAGAAAGUGUUUGGUGCAUAUGAACAUCGUGAAGGGAGGAAUCAGAGGAAUUUCCUGAUCAUCUCUACUCCUUUUGAUAAUACGGUAAAAGAAUGUUGCUAAUAUAUGAAUUAGAUGGAAUGAGCAAUAAACAAGAGUCUUCUUAUGAGGUCC